CUGCCGAGCGGCUCGGCUGGGCGCAGGCUGUGCGGCGGCCGGCGGGGUCGCCUUCGCUGGAGACCUCCGCUGCUGGCUCUGCUUUCCGGCCGGUCAGGCGGCGCGAUGACGGCGUCCCGCUUUCCCGCGUCUGGCGCGCCCGGUGACCGCUCGCCCGCUGCCGGGCUGCGGCUGUGACCCCCUGUCGCCGACUUUCACCCAGCGUCCGGCUCGGAGCUCGCUGGCCGGGGCGGGGAGAGGCCCUGGUAGUGUCAGGAGGUUUCAGAGGCUCGAGCAGCUACUUCUGUGGUCAUGGAGAUCGUCGUCCACCAGGAUUACUGUGUGGUCUUCACCCAGCCUGCCACCACCCCCUAGCCUCAGCCUUGGGUCCUGAUUUCCACCAAUGAAGUUUUUUAUUCUUUCUUGAAUCAUGUGACAUCACUUCUUCUCCGCUGUUUCCCUUUCAGCUGCCAAAUCCAUUAGGUGUACUCACUGGAGUCCUUGCCUUGAAGAGAGCAUUCACACACUUGGCUGCCUGACAAAGACAACAGUCAGGCAGUGAUUCUUCCAGCUCCGCUUUUCUGUAGGUCAAGUUUGCAAGCAUAAGAACAGAAGAAUUCUGCAAAAGUUGAUCACCGUGAGACUGUUUUAGAUCCCUUCGUUGGGCAAUAUACUUUCAACUUCUGGCUUCCAGUAAGGCUGCCCUUUAUGAAAAGAGCAAGGAGGAAGAAGAGAAAAUAGGACCAAUUGGAGCUUUCCCUGGUCAUAGGAACUUGAAGUUCCAAAAUGCAGGUGAAGAGACUCAGGCUUCCUUUGAAAACUGUUGCAAGUCUAAGUCCCAGGUAACGACUGAGGGCUCUUAAGCCUCCAUUUUCUAGUCCCUUUAUGUUCAAAUCUAGGUUGUUAAUUAUCUAAAACAUUAGACUAAAAUGUUGGGGAAACGUAAGCGUGUGGUGUUGACAAUUAAAGACAAACUUGACAUUAUUAAGAAGCUUGAAGAAGGCAACUCUUUUAAAAAGCUUUCUGUCGUGUAUGGGAUUGGCGAAUCCACAGUUCGCGACAUUAAAAAAAACAAAGAAAGAAUUAUAAAUUAUGCCAACAGUUCAGAUCCUACAAGUGGGGUGUCCAAACGUAAAUCUAUGAAGUCAUCAACAUAUGAGGAGCUUGAUAGAGUUAUGAUAGAGUGGUUUAACCAACAGAAAACAGACGGGAUUCCAGUGUCUGGGACUAUCUGUGCAAAACAAGCCAAGUUCUUCUUUGAUGCCCUGGGGAUGGAAGGUGAUUUUAAUGCCUCAUCAGGCUGGCUAACUCGGUUUAAGCAGCGCCACGGCAUUCCAAAGGCUGCUGGUAAAGGAACAAAAUUAAAAGGGGAUGAAACUGCUGCCAGUGAAUUUUGUGGUAACUUUCAGGAAUUCAUGGAAAGAGAAAGUCUCUUACCAGAACAAAUUUAUGGUGCUGACCAAACUGGACUAUUCUGGAAAUGCCUACCCCCAAGGGCAUUGGCUUUUGACACUGACCAGAAUACUUCGGAGUACAGGUCAAGCAGAGAGAGAAUCAUCGUUAUGUGUUGUGCAAAUGCCACGGGUUUACAUAAGCUUAAUCUUUGUGUUGUGGGGAAAGCAAAAAGACCCCGUGCCUUCAAGGGAACCGACCUUUCCAACCUUCCUGUCACUUACUUCAGUCAAAAAAGUGCAUGGAUCGAGCAGUCUGUUUUCAGACAGUGGUUUGAGAAGUGCUUUGUGCCACAGGUGCAGAAGCAUCUGAAAUCCAAAGGGCUUCGAGAAAAGGCAGUACUGCUUUUAGAUUUCCCCUCAGCGCAUCCAACUCAGGACCUGUUGAGCUCAGACGACGGCAGGAUAAUUGUGAAAUAUUUGCCACCAAAUGUAGCAAGUCUCAUUCAACCUAUGAGCCAAGGAGUUUUAACCACAGUCAAAAGAUAUUACCGAGCAGGACUUAUCCAGAAAUACAUGGAUGAAGCAAAUGACCCAAAAAUGUUUUGGAAGAAUUUGACAGUGUUGGAUGCAAUUUAUGAGGCCUCAAGAGCUUGGAACAUGAUAAGAUCAAAUACCAUAACCAGAGCGUGGAAAAAGCUUUUCCCUGGCCAUGAAGAAAAUUCAAGCGUGAACAUUGGUGAAGGAGCCAUUUUAGCUGCUAAUUUAGCAACAGUUUUACAGAAUACAGAAGACUGUGAACAUGUUGACAUUGAAAAUAUUGAGCAGUGGUUUGACCCUCGGCGCAGUGACUCAAACUGUCAAGUCUUAGCUGACAUUGUAGAUGCUAAAAGCCAGGCUAUACCUGCUGAGCAAAAGCCUUCCAGGAAGACCAGGAAAGCAGAACUAAAUCCAGACAAGCAUAUUAGUCACAAAGCUGCACUUGAAUGGACUGAAAAUUUGCUGGAUUAUCUAGAACAACAAGAUGACAUGCUACUCUCCGAUAAGCUGGUAUUGCGGAGGCUUCGGACCAUUAUAAGAAGAAAGCAGAGGAUUCAAAAUAAAACUCAUCUCUAGCGUUCCUUUCUGUUGCUAUGUGCUUUCAUCUUUGACUUGUUUGCAGUGGUGUUAUCUAAGACCAGAUAAAUGUUACGAAUCAUUUUAGAAUUAGAUGGCGCUUUGGAUUACCUAAAUUACAGCUCUUUAAUGUUGUCCCCAAAUGAGCAAUGACAUGGAAUUCAUUAUUUCUACACUGUGUUAUACUAAUUAGAUCACAGGGUAUCCAAGGCUGGGAUAUGUUGUAUGGCUGAAUUUCACCAUGUCUAAUGAUGGGCUGUGCACACUGCAGGCACUCAAUAAAUCUUACUUAAAUUUAAUUUUGAUGACUUUUUCUGAAUGUCAGUUUGUAAAGUAAAAUAUAUUGGGGAGUGAGUUUAGCAUUUCCAUUGGUGAGAUAUUUAAGAGAGUUCAGCAGUAUUUGUGCUUGAAGAAUGGUACUAGCCUUUUCUUGGUGGGGGGAGGGAAGGGGUGAGAAAAGAUGAAGAAAAGCCUUACAUUUCAGUUUCUUCAUCGGCUGGAUUGGAUGCUUACAGGGUUUUUCUUGUAACAUAAGUGCUGCUUACACCACUCAACAACAACAAAACAUGGUAAUGGAGUAGCUGUUGCCCUUCUCCGGUUGUGUGUACAGUAUGUGUGGAAUAAAAAAGGGAAACUGUUUUCACAAAAAAAAAAAAAAAAAAAGAAUGGUACUGUGGCGUCAGUGAGCUGGAUUAUAGUAGUGUAAAGCCUUGCAUACAGCAUUCCUUUCUGGCAAAAUUUAGGCAGCCAGCUACUGAAGUUGCCCAUUUCUGAGUGCAGUGAAGGAAAAGGCAGGUAAAUAUUCUGAGAGAAGGGCACGGAACUUCAGUUUUGUUCUACCUGACGAAAGCUCUUCAUUUGUGUGGAAGGACUUCAGCCUUAAUCCAAGAACCUGAGCUUUGAUUUCCCAAAGAAUGUGUUUAGAAGUAAUAGGUAAGCUUCGUUUAACCUGUUUAAAAGGGUGUCAGGAAUUUUUAAUAAGCUUGUUGGCAUUUAUGUAAUGCUGUAAAACUUUAAAAAGUACACCAUUUUUUUCAUGGAGUGUAUUUUUUGUGAAAUGCCAAGAAUGUCAGCAUAUAUGGAGAUUGUGGACCAUGCGGGAAGUCCUGGAGAACCCCUCGUUGAUUGACAUCACCGUGGCCAAGGUUGCACAUAUCUUUAAAACAGGAUAAUUACCUGUUUCUCGGAGCGUGUAAGGAUUAAAUGAGUUAAUAUAUGACUUUUAAUACUUGGGUCCUAGAAAAGAGCGAUUCUUGAGUGUUAGCCGUGGUUCCUAUACUGCAGAAAGUAGCAGUACUGACCAGAUCCAGUGUGGAACUCAGAAUGAUGUUUCUGUAUUAGGAAACUCCUUCCACAGGAAGGAAGAUGAACAAAGUAUGUGUAGUUUCAGUUGAAUGUGAUUAUCACUGCAAUAAAAAUUAAAGGGUUAAUCCUGCUCA